AUGGCCGACCAGAAAGACUGGAAACCAGAGGACUUCCCUUGCACCCUCACCCUCAACAUCCCCUUCCCAACCCCUCACCUCGCCUCAACCGCCUCCCGCGCCCUCUCCGUCGACGCCGAACUCUCACCCCUCGUCCGCCGCGCAUUCACGCUCACCACACCCCCCUCAUUCUCAUCCACAUCCUCAUCCACAGACCAAAGCGUCCUACAAGUAAACUACGCAGCAACCACAAACCGCAUGUUGCGCGUCGCGGUCAACGGGUUCAUAGAAAGCAUAGGCGUUGUGAUUGGUGUGAUGAAGGAUCUAGACACGGAUGUUGUGUAUGAGGCUACGAAGGAGGGGUUGGACGGGGUGCAGGGGUUGGAUAGGGAGAAAGUGGGCUGA